CAUCCUAAUGCAUCUAUCAGGCAGAUGCACCACGGAGAAAAGCCCGGAUCGCAAACGAUAAAAGGAGGAUGGCGUAGUGCGUCAACACUCCCUACAUCCAGGCACCAUGGACAGCACCGGCACGCCGUGGAGCUCCCAGGUGGCGCCCACCAUCUUCCCCCGCGUGGGCUACAGCAUCAUCUCCUUCCUCAUGUUCAUCACCACCGUCCUGACGGUGUUCAACAACGGCCUGGUGAUCACCGUCUGCCUGAAGAACCCGUCUCUGCUGCACCCCAUGAACGUGUUCAUCCUCAGCCUGGCCAUGUCCGACCUCAUGAUCGGCCUGUGCGGCUCGCUGGUGGUCACCAUAACCAACUACCACGGCUCCUACUUCAUCGGACACACCGCGUGCGUCUUCCAGGGGUUUGCCGUCAACUACUUUGGUCUGGUGUCGCUGUGCACGCUGACCCUGCUGGCGUACGAGCGCUACAACGCCGUGUGCAAGCCCGACGCCAGCCUCAAGCUGGGGAUGAGGAGGAGCAUCAAGGGCCUCCUCUUCGUCUGGGCCUUCUGCCUGUUCUGGGCCGUGGGGCCCCUGCUGGGAUGGAGCGGCUACGGCCCCGAGGGGGUGCAGACGUCCUGCUCCCUGUCCUGGGAGGAGAGGUCCUGGAGCAACUACAGCUACCUCACCCUCUACACGCUCAUGUGCUUCCUGUUCCCGGUGGCCGUCAUCAUCUACUGCUACUCCAGAGUGCUGGCGUCCAUGAGAAAGCUGAACAGGAGCGUGGAGCUCCAGUCGGGGCGUUCCUUGCAGAAGGAGAACGACCACGCCACCAGCAUGGUCCUGACUAUGGUGGUGGCCUUCUUCAUGUGCUGGCUGCCUUACACCGCCUUGUCGGUGGUGGUGGUGGUCAAUCCUCAGCUCCACAUCCCUCCGCUGGUGGCGACCAUGCCCAUGUACUUUGCCAAGACCAGCCCCGUGUACAACCCCAUCAUCUACUUCCUGUCCAACAAGCAGUUCCGGGACGGCGCUCUGGAGAUGCUGUCCUGCGGCCGCUACAUCCCCCACGGCUCCUCCACCCGGGUGAGCAUCAACAUGAGGCCCCUGAGCCGGAGGAGCCGGCUGAUCCCCUGCAGCAGAAUCAACAGGCACAGCAAGGUGUUGCCUCUGUAAAAUAUCCACCGCGCUCCCUUUUGACGGCUCGUUAACGACACAGAAUGACAAGUCUUGUGCAAGUGGGGUUUUUUUUUUUCUUCUUCUUCUUUUUCUUUGUCCAAGAAGUCCGGAGUGAAGAGGAGACUCGACAGCUGAUGGACAGAUGGAGGACAAAGGAACCAAUAGGAAGCCUUCUGGUAGCAUCCUGUGACAGUUCCACGCUGGAAAUCACUGAAAGCGGCCCAUUCUUUGACAAAUGUUUGUAGAAACAGUCUCCAUGCCUAAGUGCGUGAUUUUAUACACCUGUGGCCGGGGCCAAGUGAUUAGGACACCUGGUUCUCAUCAUUUUGGACGGGUGGCCAAAUACUUUUGGCAAUAUAGCUCACUUGUCCGUGUUACGCUUGU